UCCUAUUUAUGGCAUGCUAAUUAAUAAUAAUAAUACUAGCAAGAAAACAAAGCAAGAGCCAUGGCCGCAGUUCACAUAUUCAUUCUUCUCACCUUCAUCUCCCUUCUGUCACCAAGAGCCGCCAUAGCCGGGGAUCUUUGUAGUGACGAAAACGACGACGUUUCAAUCAUCCACAUCUAUGGCAAAUGCUCCCCUUUCAGGCUUCCCAAAUCCUCCCCUUCAUGGGACAACACAACAUUCAUCUCCUUCCUGGUCUCCAACGAUGCCGAAAGACUCUCGUACCUCUCCGAACGGAAGGUUUCCGGUGUUCAGCGCGCUCGGGCCACCACGGUUCCCGUGGCCUCGGGCCAGAACGUGCUGAACAUCGGGAACUACGUGGUCCGGGCCAAAAUCGGCACGCCGCCCCAGCUCAUGUUCAUGGUCCUGGACACGAGCCGGGACAGCGCGUGGGUCCCGUGCGGGUGUUGCUCGGGUCCCGCCGCCCCUUUUGCUUCGAACGCGUCGUCGAGUUACUCGUCGGUCGAUUGCGCCCAGCCCGAGUGCACUCGGGCUCGGGGACUCGCUUGCCCGCAGACCGGGUCGGGCGGCGGGGGUGAUUGCUCGUUCAACCAGUCCUACGGUGGGGACUCGUCAUUCUCAGCCACGCUGGCACGUGACACGCUCAGGCUCGGGAGUGAUGUCAUCCCGAGCUACGAGUUCGGGUGCGUUACUUCUAUCUCGGGAAACAACAUUGCUCCCCAAGGCCUUUUGGGUUUGGGUAGAGGGCCCACAUCAUUGCUUUCGCAAGCUGGGGCCCUCUACUCGGGCUUGUUCUCAUAUUGCCUUCCGAGUUUCAAGUCGUAUUAUUUCUCGGGCUCGCUCAAGCUCGGCCCACUGGGCCAGCCCAAGACCAAGCACACGACCCCGCUCCUCAAGAACCCGCACCGCCCGUCCCUAUACUACGUGAACCUCACGGGGGUGAGCGUGGGCAAGGUCACAAUCCACAUACCACAAGACCUCCUGAAGUUCGACCCGAACACCGGGUCGGGCACGGUCAUCGACUCGGGCACGGUCAUAACCCGGUUCGUGGGCCCGGCUUACGAAGCUGUUCGGGACGAGUUCAGGAGACAGGUGGCGGGACCGUUCAGCUCCCUGGGGGCAUUCGACACGUGCUUCGCUGUGAGGCAUGAGUCGGCGGCCCCCACGGUGACGUUCCACUUGGAAGGUAUGGAUUUGGUGUUGCCGGUGGAGAACACUUUGAUUCACAGCAGUUAUGGGAACUUAGCUUGUCUGGCAAUGGCGGCGGCGCCGGACGGCGUCAACUCUGUGUUGAAUGUGAUCGCCAGUUUGCAGCAACAGAACCUUAGGGUCGUGUUUGACACCGUUAAUUCACGCCUUGGAAUCACCCGUGAACUCUGCAACUGAGAACAAUUUUAAUUCCGAGCGUGUAAUGUCUUUAU